AUGCGCAGUGACGGAAUCGAGUCGGUGCCGGACGUGCUCGAUGUUUUCCGAGUAAGGACGGACGCACCCGAGCCCUUCUGGACCUCACUUCCAGGUCCCGAGCCGCAACCCGGAAGCUCCCGAGGAAUGACGGAAAGUCCCGAAGCCCACUUCCGGGUGCGCGAUGGCGCCGGCGCGGACCGAAGCGAGUCCGGAAAGACCCGAAGAGCCGAGGCGGGGACUUCCCGGUGGGCGAAGGCCGCCGAGUGGCGCCGGAAAGAGCCGAGGUCGCGCGCGGGGCGGCCCGGAGCCGGCCGAGCGUCUCCGGAAAGAGCCGAAGCGCGGCCGGAAGUUGCCGAGCGGGCCCGGGCCGGGCGAGGGAGGAGGCCGGCAGCGGCGCCACACAAGAUGGCGGACGGGGAGGAGGUGACUCUGGACGGGAGGCCGCUGCAGGCGCUGCGGGUCGCCGACCUGAAGGCGGCCCUGCAGCAGCGCGGCCUGGCCAAGAGCGGCCAGAAGAGCGCGCUCAUCAAGCGGCUCCGCGGGGCCCUGAUGCUCGAGAACCUCCAGAAGCACUCAACCCUGCACGCCACCUUCCAGCCCAACUCCCAGAGCAAGGGAUGGAACCCAGGCAUCCUGCCCCCUCACCCUCUCAUCUCCCUGCAGAUCGGCGAGGAGAUGAGCCAGAACAGCUUCAUCAAGCAAUACCUGGAGAAGCAGCACGAGCUGCUGCAGCAGCGGCUGCAGAGGGAGGCGCGGGAGGCAGCCGAACUGGAGGCCUCCGGAAAGAGCUACCCCAUCUCCCGAGAGAGAAACGACUCCGACGAGGAGGGAACUAGGAGGCAGGAGCGCCGCUCCACCCGGGUCAGGCAGGCCAGAGCCGCCAAGCCCCCGGAGGGCACCCAGGCCGUGGGGCCGGAGGAGCGGGAGGCGCCCCCUAGGGGCCGGAGGAGCGUGUCACGGCCCACCCUGAAGCUGGAGGAGGAAGACGACGAGGAGGAGGAAGAGGAGGAGGACGAAGACGAGGAGGACGAAGACGAGGAGGACGAAGAGGAGGAGGAAGCAAAGGCUCCGGAGGGGAAGGAGGCUUCCCGGAGGAUGGGGGAAGCCUGGGCCCCAGGCCCUCAGGCGAGCAGCUCACCCCAGGAAAUCAGGGGGUCCCGGCAGGAGAAGGUGGGGCUCAUGGCCCCAGCACCCCAACAGACAGGAGUGCCCAGAUCCCCAGCACCCCAGGAAGUGGGGGGGGCCAGAUCUCUGGCACCCCAAGAAGUUGGGGGGCCUGAGGCCCAGGGAAUGGGGGUCCCCAGAUCACCAGGGCCCCAAGGAAGGGGGUCAGCCCAGGCCCUGGCACCCCAGGAGACAGAGGGGCCCAGAGCUCCGGAGCCCCAGGAAAGGGGGGUGACCAGGCCCUCGGAACCCCAGGGAAGUGGGACAGCUGUGACUCCAGCCCCCCAGGAGAAGGGGAAGCCCAGUCCACCGGCUCCCCAGGAGAAGGGGGAGCCCAGUCCACCGGCCCCCCAGGAGAAGGUGGAGCCCAGCCUGCCAGACACCCAGGAAAAGGGAGAGCCCAGCCCAAUGGCCCCCCAGAAAAAGGAGGAGCCCAGUCUGCCAGCGCCCCACGAGAAGGGGGAGCCCAGCCUGCCAGCCCCCCACAAGAAGGGGGAGUCCAGCCCGACGGCCCCUCACGAGAAGGGGGAGCCCAGCCUGCCAGCCCCCCACAAGAAGGGGAAGUCCAGCCCAACAGCCCCCCAGGCAAAGGGGGAGCCCAGCCUGCCAGCCCCCCACGAGAAGGGGGAGGCCAGCCCGCCAGCCCCCCAGGCAAAGGGGGAGGCCAGCCCGCCGGCCCACCAGGCAAAGGGGGAGCUCAGCCCACCAGCCCCCCAUGAGAAGGGGGAGCCCAGCCUGCCAGCCCCCCAGGCAAAGGGGGAGCCCCGCCCGCCGGCCCACCAGGAGAAGGGGCAGCCCAGCCCAACGGCUCCCCCUCUGGAGGAUUCUCUGGAGAAGAAGAGAGCGGCUGGGCUCCAGGAAGACAAGGGGGCCCCCCAGGAGGAGGCAGAGGAGCCCCCUGAGAUCUCACAGGAAGGGGGGCCGUCUGUCAUCGCCAGCUCCCCAGCCCCUCCCCAGCUAUCGGAAGGGGAGGCACCGAUGGCCCCCCCUGGGGAGGAUGAGCCCCCUCCCCCGCUGCUGACCAAGGAGGACCCCCCCAGUCAUAAAAGGCCGCCGGGGACCCACCCAGCAUCACCUUCCCCUCCCCCCCAGCGCCGGCGGAGGGGCGGGUCCGACUCAGACUCCGACUCAGACUCCACUUCCUCCGGAUCCCGCUCCAGCCGCUCCGAGUCGCCCACCAGGAAGCGCCAGGCCUCGCGCUCCAGCAGCAGCAGCAGCAGAAAGUCGCGCAGCCCUGACACCUCACAGGCCGGCCCCAGCUCCCCAUGCACCAAAGAGCCCUCCCCAGCAGGACAGCAGGAGGCGCCGGAGAGUCCCAUGGCAGAGGGCAGACUGGCCCCCCAGAGACGCCCCAGCCACGGGCACCGGCACAGCCCGUUGUCGCAGCAGGGCGGCUCAGAGACCCCGGGGGGCCCAGCCAGGGCAGUGCCCACGGGGGACCCGCCGCGCCAGGCAGAGCAGAGGCAGCGUACGAGUAGCCAGGAGGAGAAGGAGGAGGUGCCUAUGGAGUUGGAGCCCCACCAGGCCGGCGCUAGUCCCCCGGCCGGCCCCCCCGCUCAGCCCCCCGGCCCCGACGAGCGCCCCGACGGGGGGCCCGAGGACGAGGAGAGGAAAGAGGCCGUGGCGCAGCACAAGGCCUUCAAGAGGAAGAUCUCCGUUGUGUCAGCGGCCAAGGGGGCAGCGGCGGGGAACAGUGACACGGAGGGCGGCCAGUCGGGGGGGCGCAAGCGGCGCUGGGGGUCCAGCACGGCUGCCACCCAGAAGAAGCCGUCCAUCAGCAUCACCACCGAGUCGCUUAAGAGCCUGAUACCCGAGAUGAAGCCGGUGGCGGGGCAGGAGGCAGUGGUGGAUCUGCACGCCGACGACUCCCGCAUCUCGGAGGAUGAGGGGGAGCGCCAUGGGGAGCCACCAGCCCACGAGAAGGGACUCAAGAUCUGCCGGACCGUCACGCAGGUGGUGCCAGCCGAGGGGCAGGAGAACGGGCAGGGCGAGGAGGAAGAGGAGGAGGAGAAGGAGCCUGAGGAAGAGCAGCCUGAGGCCCCCCAGGUCACAGCAGAGUUGCCGUUGCCCCCACCUGUGGAGCACGAAGUCAAGAAAGUGACACUCAGCGACACCCUGACGCGCCGCUCCAUCAGCCAGCAGCGCUCGGGCGUCUCCAUCACCAUCGAUGACCCCGUGCGCACGGCCCAGCUCCCGUCACCCCCCCGCGCAAAGCCAAGCCCCAUUGUGCACAUCUGCAACCUGGUGCGGCCCUUCACGCUGGGCCAGUUGAAGGAGCUGCUGGGCCGGACGGGGACACUGGUGGAAGAAGCCUUCUGGAUCGACAAGAUCAAAUCGCACUGCUACGUCACAUACUCCACGGUGGAGGAGGCGGUGCUGACCCGCAACGCCCUGCACGGGGUGAAAUGGCCCCAGUCCAACCCCAAGUUCCUAUCCGCCGACUUCGCCGAGCAGGACGAGCUGGACUUCCACCGGGGGCUGCUGCCGGAGCGGGCGGUGGAGGCAGCGGCGGCCCCGGGGGCCGGGCCGGCCGGUGGGCGCGGGGGCCGGCGCUCAGCCCCCCGGGAGCGCUCGCGGGAGCCGGAGCGGGCGGCGCGGGAGCAGUGGGCGGAGCGGGAGCGGGAGAUGGAGCGGCGGGAGCGCACGCGGGCCGAGCGCGAGUGGGACCGUGACAAGGUGCGCGAGGGGCCCCGCUCCCGUUCCCGCGAGCGCCGCCGCAAGGAGCCACCCAAGGCCAAGGAGAAGAAGGGCGAGAAGAAAGAGAAGGCCCCAGAGGAGCCCCCCGCCAAGCUGCUGGACGAUCUCUUCCGCAAGACCAAGGCCGCCCCCUGCAUCUACUGGCUGCCUUUGACCGACACCCAGUUCGUACAGAAGCAGGCGGAGCGGGCAGCCCGGGCGCGGGAGCGGGAGCGGCGCCGCAAGGAGCUGGAGGAGGAGGAAUUGCGCCAGCGGGAACGGAGCCGCCAGGCUGAGCGGGACAAGCGACGCGAGCACAGCCGGGAGCGGGGGGCUGGGGGCGCCCCAGGGGGGGCCGGCAGCACCGAGCGGGGGGGCCGGGAGCGCCGCGAGGCCAAGAGGCGGAGCCGGAGCCGGAGCCGCAGCACCCCGGUGAGGGACCGCGGGGGGCGCCGCUGA